GAUUGGAUUUCACGAUGUUCAUAGGCCGAGAUGUGGUCGCUGUAGCACAUGAUAUCUAUAUAAUAUUCUUCAAUUUUAAGACCAAUUCUGAGCUGGUGUAUGUAGCCAAUAACCAUAAAUCUGGCGACGGUGUAGAUGUAAUUGCAGGUCAUAAAUCGCAGAUGUUUGCGUUCACUGAGAAAACGAAAAAUGCGAGAAUAUUCAUUGUGACAUAUCCAAGUUUCGUCAUUCUAUCAGAACUGCGUGACGCGGACGUGAAUCGUUACAAAGGUCUGUGCAUGAUGGAAUGUGACCUAAUAGCGGGUUUCAGCGGGUUCCCUAAUUACCUGAUCUCUGUAUGGAGUUGGCGGACUCGCCAGCGACUAGUCUCCGUGCCUACGGGCGUGAUGAGGCGUGGUCAGAUCUACACGGCGAGUCGCACGCAUAUGCUAGUGUGCGAGUGUUGGGGCGAAGGUUUGAUUGUGUGGGAGGUGGCGCAGUGCUACAAGAAAUGCUUCAUCAUGAAGAGGGUCAAAGAAGAGAAAGCUAGCUGGAACGAAUCGCUGCCGCCUCUAGUGGGUGUCUGUUGGAACAGCGAGGGGCAGCUGUAUGCAAUCGACCCUGAGGCUAACUUGUACAGCGUGCUUUCUGAUGGCAUCGGUAUGGUUAUAAACCUAGAGUGGUCAGAAGAACUAAUGGGCAAUGCGAGUCCCUGCAUAUGCUCCUUCGGCUGUGGCCUGCUUAUUUAUGGUCCUGAUAACUGUUUGAGGUCGUUAAAGAAAAUGGAUACGAAAUGGCAAGUAGUGUGGAAAUAUAUACCUCAAGAAGCAGUGGUACGGCUGGUUUCCAAUGCGACAUCAGACGCCGCCGCCAUGUGGACAGUCAACGGAUUCAUUUACAAAAUUACUGGAGAGUCAGAGGAGAAAAUUGAUGUCAAACUGUUCACAAUCAAGCAGAGGAACGUCAUGAAGAUCCAAUUAAUUUCGCCGGAUUGUAAACACAUCGCUAUGAUCAAUGACAAAGGAAUACUUUGUAUUUAUGAAGUGGACUCAGCCAAAUUGGUAUCAAUGAAAUAUAUAGAAGGCGAGGAUAUAUCUUUCGAAGCCAGUCCCGUUGAACCUAUUCUAGUAGUGUACGGCGAGGUUGGUCAGAACUAUGGAAUGGCUCUACUGAAGUUCACUCCUGAAGAAGGACUGCAGAAAGUUGGCAGUAUGUGCCUGACGCAUCAGAUCGUGUCCCUCGUAGUGUUCUCACCCACUGGAAGAGAACUGACCGCGGCUGCCAUGUCUGCUGGACACUUAUUUAUUAUGAAGCUAUCAGAAGAUUACAAAUUAACUCUGGUGCGUUACGCGGAGUUGGGCCGGGGCCUCGCCGACUCCUUCCUCAUGAAGGUUGGGGAUUCAAUGCGCUCUUUCAGUCUUGUGCUCUUCUCCGACAAAUACGCUAUUGGUGAGCGUAUAAUCUGUAUCAACGCGGAAACGGGUAAGGAUAAUAAAUUCGCGGGGAAAAUGCAGGGUCCAUACGCGCGGCUGCUGCCACUGGCGUGCAAGGAUACCAUGCUGGGCAUCCCGCAUAUCUCCAAGCAGUUCCACGUGCUCAAGUUGUCCGGUGACAAAGGCAUUACGGUGUCAGUGAAGAUGGGUUCGAUCAUCGACUCCGGGCAUGAUAUGAAGCAGUUCGGUGGAUUCUUCAACAUGGCAGCAUUGUUAACGUACGGGUACGAUGGCACGGUCAUCAUGAGGCAACCAGACGGGCCGGUGGAGUACGAUUGCAAACUGAUCGUAACUCACCGCUACGAGACCGGCAUCAGACAAGCCGUGACAGACAGCGAGAGGUCUUACAUCGCUCACUUGGCCGGCAACCGCACCAUAGCGCUCUUGCAGUUGCAUGACCGUGGUGAUCCUGAACCCCUACAUGAACCCUUAAAGGAAACUAUCUAUGAACGUAGCGUGAACCUGAUUUCCAUCAUCGACCAAGGAGACAAGACGUAUUUAGAACUGCAAGAGGAAAAGAAAGUCCAUGAAGAAGCAAUGGACUACAAGCGUCAACGUGAAGAGGUGGUGCGAUCGUUCGAAGCGGUACAGGCCCGGCUCGUCGCGUUACUGGAUGAGAAUCUGUUGGAGCCGCCUCUACACCAGCUCUCGCUGGCAGAGUUCAACCUGCACCUUGAGCACAAGAAGGAGAGGCUAAAGCAGGCGGAGCGUGAACGCGAAGAUAUCCGCCUCCAGACGGAGGCUCGCAUCCGCGCCCAGGACAAGGUGACAGCGUGGAUAAAGCGGACAUGCUGGGACACCAUGCUGACGCCCAGGAUUAAACUAUUUGCCAUAUUCAGCCAUUACCAGGUGGAGAACUAUGCUGUGCUGCCAACUCAGCGCGAUCUCUGGCCGGAGCUACAGCAGACGGAAGCUUUGCGUAUGAUAGAGAUGGAGAAGGAUUCAGGAGUCUUUCGUCCCUGGGAGGAAAUCGUGGACAAGGAAAGCGCUGAGAAGAGUCAAACUAUACUGCCGGAAACUUCUGUAAUAUCGGUGAAGGAGACACGGAAGAGUACAGACAGCCAGAUGGGAGAGCGUGUGGAGGAGAAGGAACCGGAGGAAGUGGUAGGGCAACCUCACGUGCUGAGCGGCACCAGCGCACACAAGUUCGUGCAGUUACCAACCUACAUGAUACCGCAGACGCUGUCCUUUAGCUUCCUCCAUAUGAACUGGUUGCAGAAUAUUGUCAAGUUAAAUGUACAGAAUAUGAGGCUGUGGUUCAACAAGCAAUUUGAUGAUCUGAUGAACCUCAAACGACGGGAGGUGAGUCUCGUCGAAGAGCGGAAUUCGAGGCUGCGUUUCAUCAUAGAAGAGUUGAACAAACUGUCAGAUCUACGAGGUAGUUUCCAUCACUUGGUCAUAGAGAUCAAAGAUCCAAUUUGGCGGCAGGAGGAACUACCGCAGCGUCUGAUUAAAGUCGACCCGGACGAAUGCAGCAUUGAGCCAUACAUCAGCCCCAGUCAGAUCGUGAUCCCGCCACCAGAGCCGAAGCCGAAGGACGACUUCCGUGAACGCGCACUCAUUGAGAUGAUGGACGGCGUACUCGAGAAGCUAUGGCACGAGGAAAUUAAGAAACCGAUACCGAUGCCUCAGUGCAUGUUGGAGAAAAAUCCAGAGCAUUUCAACGAGGACGACUUGAGGCUAGUGUUCGACUACGAGGAAAAAGUAGCGUUCCGUAACGAAGAGCGUGAUAAGUACCGUAAGAUGCUGCACGCGGAGUACGCCAAGCUCUCUCAGGUGCUCGACGAGGGAAUCGUCAAAUUCAACCAGAAGGUAAAAGAAAUGUGGCUGACGAAACUUCAAGUAGACUCUGUUAUUGGACAAGAAAAUCUGAAUCUGAUGCGUUUGCGCCGAACUAACUUGGACCGAGUGGAGAUGGCUGAACAAUUAGAGGACAUGCGUGAGCAAAUAUCCCGCUUGGAGGCAGAAAUAGAGGUAUUCCAGAAAGAGGCAAACAGUGCAGCUGUACAGGCAGAGGAAUGUCAGACGACGUACGAUGCGCUCGCGCAGAAGGACAAGUACAUGGAGCGUACAUUCAAGAACCACUUCGCAGAUCUCUCGCCGAUUAUCGUCGAUCAAUGCUACAAAUUCUACAAGAAACGACCGAAGUGGCACCAGCGCGCGUCGCAUACCCCGGUCGUGCUGUAUGAACUGGCCGGCGCGGUGCUAGCUGCUACUCGGCCCCAGCUACUGCAUGCUGACUGUCUCGACUACUAUAAAGGGGUAGAACAACUGGAUCAAAUCAGCAACAUGCCGCCGGUGAUGGACGAGGGCCUGUGGGCCACCAUGUGCAAGCUGCGUCGUACCAAGAUUGAGAAUGAGAUACGUAUGCGGGCCGUAGUGCAAGAGAUAGCAUACGUAGAUAGUAUGAGCAACGGAUGGAACAAAGCGAUAGCAGCGCGGCGGAGCAUGUUGGCGAACAUUCACGAACGCAUACUUCAGCACCGCGAGAAGACGGAACUUGCCGCCAGGAAUAAGACCAUACAGCUGGUGCUGCCUGCGGGGCAAGUGGAAAUAAUAACUACCGGCCACAUUGAGGAUUUUGAAGAUGCCACGCUCAUACUGCGCGAAGAUAUCGAGAAGAUCAAUAAUGUUAUUUUGAAAGUGGGUGAAAUGAAGUUGCGCAUGAUGCGCAAACAGGUGGAGUUCAGGAAGGGCAUCCUCAGCAAGGAGUGGGAGCACGCGCAGACAAAGAUGAAGCUGCGUCACAUGGAGCAAGAGUUGCAGUCAUACAAACGGCUCAAGAUUCCGAAGGAACUACAAUCAUAUCUGAAGAACAAAGAGCUGGGCUACACAGAUGAGCAAGAUUAUGUGCGCAUGGAAAAAGAAAUGGAGGCUUCGAAGGUGUCAGUCAACAAGAUGCUUACUGAGCAAAUACAUCAAGUUGAAGAAUUAGAGCUGAAAAUUAGCUCAAUAGAAGCCAAGUCAUCGCAGCUGGAGAACAUGAUCGCAUCGCUCAAUGUGAAAGUGUCCGAGAAGCGACUCAACGAGGACCCCCUAGAGCCGAUACGCAUACGCAAGGCCUUUAAACGAAGAAUGGAAACACUGGUGAUGCGGAGUCAGCUAGUGCGCGAUGUUCAAGCGAACCACACUAGCAUCGUGCUACUGCAGACAGAGCUGGAACUACUGCGGCUUAAGACGUAUCCCACGCUGGCCAGUUUCCGCACCAUUUGCUAAUUUUGUAUGC